CCUCCCCGGCGGCCGGGGAACUCCAAAUCCAGACACGAAACAGAAGACCGAGAGGGGAACUGAUCGGCCCGUGUCAUAUCGUGACGAGACUGUCGGGAUUUGCUCCCGGUUUUCUUUCGCUGCUGGGGUUUGGGUCGAGUAUCAUCAAGCCUCGGUGUCUUUUGGCUCAGCUGGCUGGGGAGAGAGUGUAAAGCUUCCUUGCUGAAGGGUUUGGGCAGCGAUUCCCUGGUCAUAAAGUUCCGCAAGGAUUCUCCAUGGUGAAGAUGGUCAGCCAUGGAAAACAUAUUGCAAUAAUAGUCCAACAGCUUAACAAAUUUAACCCAGAAAAUCAGAGCGUGGAGGAUUUCUUGAAUGAAUCGGCUAAGAUGUUGCAGACUCUUAAUGUGACUGAAGAAAAAUUUGUAUUGGAAACUCUAGCUGGAUGCAUAGAAUAUAAAUCCUUGUUGGAUGUAGUAGUCAAUGCCUUUUUUGUUCGGGAUGGGAAAUACUGUCUGAUUUCUGAGCGUAAUCUCUAUGUAGUUAUUUGCUAUUUGGCAACUUUUCAACUAGAAGAGCUUGGUCUUCAGCACUUCAGUAGAAUUGUGAAAUCUCUGGACACCGCAAAAAUGCAUAAGUUUCUUAGAUUCUUCUUCAAUGCCUUGUAUUUGAACACAUGGAUAAAAGAUGAAUGGAGGUCGGUUUACGAUUCGCUGUAUGUAAAGGAGAACUGGAUUGAUCCACUGCUAAGAUGGGAGCCAAAAGUACAGCAACUGAUUGAACACCUCACGGAUAAAUUAAGUAAUCGUACUACCACUGUCAAGACUUCAACGGUCACUCAGCCAAAGGAAUUUAAUUUGACCGUACCCAAACCACGUGCCAUUCCUAUACCUCUGCCAAUACCAGUACUGGAAAAAGGUCCACCUGUUCCUCAAAGUACCUACAAGCCUCCAAAGGAAAAAAAGCAACUAGAGGAAAUCAAAACAAAAAAUCGACAAAAAGCAGAAGAUCUGCUUCUGAAAGCAAAUACUAACCAGUUCAAGUGUGCAACCACGAAUCCAGAAAAGGGAGAGAGCACACACAACGGUAUGAAGAGUAGGCCAGCAUUCCGGGCUCAAAAGAUCCAAAGCAAGAUUGACAAUAUACCUAUUAAAUUAAAUGCAGCAGCUAUUUUAAGGGAGGGUGCCCUCUAUCAGCGGAAAAUGGAACAGGAGCUCAAGAGAAUUGAAAACUUGCUACAAGGGGCUGGAGACCCAUCAGAAUUCUUGGAAUGGCAAAAACAGAUGCGUGGUAAAGAUCUGGAGGAGCAACUGGCUGAAAUAGAAUGUAGGAGGCUUCAAGGGAAACUGAGUCAUGAAGAGGCAGUUUUAGCCCAUCAGAAUGUAACUCAAGAAAAUAAGAAGAAAGCUGAUCUAAUGAGAGAAGAGAAAGCAGAGCUGAUGCACCAGUAUGCAGAGAAACGUCUCCAGGAACAGAAAGAAAUGAGAGAGCUGGUGGAGCAGGUCGUGGAAGGACACAAGAACGCAAAGCAAGCAAAACUAAAGCUUCAGAAAUACAAACAGCAGAUAGUUCAGGAAGUUUGUGAAGAAAAUCGAGAACUUCUUCGGCAAGCUUUAGAAGAAGAGGAGGAGAAGCUUCGGAAAAGAUGUGAAUUAAUUCAACAAAUACGAGCCAUUGAGUCUUUACCAAGCCUUAAACACAAGUUUGUUGAUUUAACUGAGACUGGUGGCCAUGGUUUAAUUUGUGAAAUGUCAGUAGUGGAACUACGUGAACGCCUCGCUCUACUCAGAGAAGCACAGAAGGCAGCAGAGGAAGAGAAGAGAGACCAGAUAAUUCAUGAAAAACAAGCUAAGGAACAACUUCUUCUAGAUAAACUGGACCAGAUUUCUGUGUUCAGAGCAGAACUUGGACGAGCGGCUGCAUUAAAACAAGAAGAAAAGAAAAGAAAGUCCCAGGCUGGUGAAAGUCAUAUGAAAGAUGAACGCAUUUUAAACCUACAGAAAAAGAUUGUAGAGAAGGCAAUGGAGCGUAAAAAGCAAGCAGGACUCUUAAAGAUUACUCCCCAGAAAACCAGCAUUACAUCAAGGAAGGAUUCUUUGCAAUGGAACCACUGGAAAGAACUGGAAGAGAGUCGGGAAAGGAGGUUCAAGACCCUUCAGUACGGCUUCACGGCCAGAGAAACAGCUCAGAAAAUGGCUGCCUAUGAGGCAGCAAGAAGUGGAGCCACAGCUUGUAUAUUGCGCUCUGAGGUAAAAUAAAGUACCCUUGGAACAAACUCAGGCCUGUUGGAAAUCUCCCAGUGCGACUAUUUACUACAAGGUUGAAUUUUAAUCUUUAUCUGAUCUUUGCAGUGUGAAUAGCAAAAUUUGGGUCAUACAGGCACAAUAGAAUAAAAAUGUGUUAAUUUUUUAGAAUGGAAUUUUAUUUUAAAGCUAUAAUGGUAUAUAUGUAUAUUCUUCUGUUAGAAUAAAAAGCUGUAAGAAAUCAAAAUAGCAAAUGUCUGGGGGAGAAUGCUAAGGUCUGUAUUUCUGCUAUCAUUGCAUACUGGGCCGUGGUUUUUUCACUUUCCCAGAGAAUAAAAAUG